AUGUUGAUCUUCGGCAACAUCCUGGCCAUGAUGGCUGGCAUGGUGGAUGUCGCCUCGAUCAUGUGCUUCAACGUGACCACCACUCACGUGACCGGCAACACUGCGAAGGUGGGGAUGUACAUCGGCCACGAGAGCAACGAGAAGAUCGACGCCGCCAAGGCAAAGCAGCUGGGGCUCUGCGUGCUCUUCUUCUGCUUCGGGUCCUUCUUGUGCGGCCUCAUCAUUCCCAAGACCCAGGUCCACAUUGGUGGCAAAGGCCUCUAUGGCACAGCGCUCAUCGCCGAGUGUGCGCUUUUGUUGAUCGCUUACUUUGACCCCAACCAUGAGUUCGCGCCCUUCUGGGCGGCCAUGGCUUCGGGCCUUCAGAACGCCAUGUGUACCAUGCACUUUGGAGCCGUGGUGCGAACCACCCACGUCACCGGAUGCAUUACGGACAUCGGCUCCACCGCCGGCCGCGCCGCGAUCCUGCUGGUGCGGCGGCUCUUUUUGCGGGACGGCUCAGGCACACAGCUCCUGGACGAGGCCGAGCUGCACGUGGACAAGCGAAAGCUGCUGGUUCUUGUGCCUUUGUACCUCUUCUUCUUGCUGGGCUGCAUUGUAGGAGCCAUUUCGUACCGGGAGAUUUCCCACAACACCUUCUUGAUCCCUGCGGGCGUGACGGGUUGCAUGGGCCUCAUCUACAGCACCCUGCGUGCCUGGGAGGAGAGGAGGAGGUGGGUGCUUUCUGGGCGCUCCAAUGGCCGAUGGGAGCCGCGUGUCGCGUCAGGUCUAGUGGCUUUUAACACCUUUUUGGGUGGCGGGCGCAGCUUUGAGCCUCCAAUUUUUUGCGGCAAACCUGGUGAGAAACGUGUGUAA